CCACUCCCGCUUCAAGGCGGCCGUCCCUCGCGUCUCUCCGUUCUCUCCUCCUUCCCUAAUCUCUGGAACUCUUUUCCAGUUCGGCCAUCACUUCGUUGCCCAAUUUCUCCAUCGGCGGAGCUCUCUUAUCUCUCCAAGUCUCCAUCCCUAAUCUCUCAUAUCUGUUUGUGCUUGAUUGGCAGAGCAAAAGAUCAGCAAUAAUGUAUCUUCAGUAUUACAUUAAUGAUAAUGGUAAUAAAGUUUACACUACCAAGAAAGAAUCACCUCUUGGUUUGGCCACACAGUCUGCUCAUCCAGCAAGAUUUUCGCCCGAUGACAAAUUCUCUAGGCAGAGAGUCCUUCUGAAGAAGCGCUUUGGUCUGUUACCAACUCAGCAGCCAGCUCCAAAGUACUAACCCAAAACACACACGCACACCGCUGGGGGAUUGUUUUAAAGAGUUAAUUAUGGGCGCUUUCCUUCUCCCCCCGUCUUGGACCCAAUAAUCUGACUUGAUAAAGAGAUCUGUGGUGCGGCAGAUAUUUCUUUAGAAUGUAUAAUGUAAUGAUUGACUGGUUGGAAAUAGAGACUAUGUAUUAAAAUUUUUUUCUCAUGUAUUUUGUAUUUUUAAAUUACAAACACAGGCCAGAGCUUACAAAUUAAAAAAAAGAUGUGAGGAUAAUAAACCCACAUCCAUAAGGCUA